AUGUCAAGACCGGUCCGGCACUGGCCCGGUCGUAUUCCCCACUGUAUUAGACCUCAUCCCGAGGGCGAUUUAUCCCUUGAUCAGAUUAAAGAAGAGGUCAAGGGGUGGCUCCUCUUUGUCCAAGAGAGUUGGCUGCCGCGCGCACGCGGCAUCAUCGCCGAUGAAGAUGAAGAAUAUGAAUUACGCCAACGGCGAAACCUCGUCGAGCGGUGGGCUUCGGCCACACAGGAGUUCCGUGAUUCAUUUCACGUCCGCGCCCUAAUUGGACUCCCAGGCACAGAAGGGAAACGAUCACGCAGCGAGCCUGUAGAAGGGCUUCGAUACCCAGCAGAGGCUUUAGAGCGAAUUUUCCAAACCACCCAGCCCUUUACGAACGGCACACACCCUAUCAACCGGGCGCGGUGGGUGAAAUUCGUUAUUCUUUUGUAUCGAUAUGGUCUUGAGGCUGGGCAUUGUCUGCAGACUGAUUAUAUGCCUUCAGAAAUUGUUCUUAAUCCAGCCAUUACCAACCGUCUUUUGAUUGAAGAUUUUCCUGCUUGGCAUGAUCUUGAAGUUGCCCUUUUCGGGUCGAUCUAUCUUACGCGUACUGGAACAGUUCUCUACCUCGAUUCUCAUGGCCCAUAUAUGCUCGUUGACGAAGAUGGGUUAAAAACAGGUCGCUUUGCACUGACUGCUUUCACAGAUAAUGGUGUAUUUGAGGACUCGGUGCUUAUUCGUCCUUUCAAUAUGCAACAGCCGUAUUUAUGGUUCUCUACGCUUGGAAAAGGUUUAGAUGAUGUCAAGCACAGAGAGGGUGGCGCUAGACAUCAGAACCCACCGCUUAAUAUGGACCUGCCUAUCCUUGACAUUCUUUGCAAUGCUCAAGCGGCAAACCAACUUGUUGGUGAUAUGGAUAUAUGCGACCGCGAUCAAUGGAAGGAAGAUGUGGAAGUCUAUGCACCUGGCUACUUAACACUCGAAGCCGCUGGUAGGGGUGGGGAGUAUGAUCUCAAUCUUCUUUCUUCUCCCGAUGUUAUUGGAGGCUACAAGAAAUCACGGAUGUGGGAGAAAUUCCGUUCUGGGGCUGAUCCAAGGUUUAUCUAUCGUCCUAAUAUGCCUCGGUAG